AUGAUACCACUGAGGUUCCUGUCAAAAAUGGGUACAUACAGGAUCCAACUUGAGGGCGUAACCGUUGAUGUACGCGUAGUGAAUCGUGCAGAAGUGAUCGCCAUAGGCCUGGCUGAGUUAAAACCUCUGAUUGGAUUGACGACUGCUGUAGGCCUCAUGGUUAAGUUUGAGGCCAGUAUCAAAAACCCUCUAAUGCUUCAACUUUGUGUCGGAACUCGUUGCCUGUUGAUCCAGCUGGGUAGCUUGGAUUCAAUUCCUCAGUGCCUGAAGGACUUUCUAGGAGACCCGGAAAUUUGUUUCGUGGGUGUUGGUAUGAGCGAAGGACUUUCUGGGCUCAAAACUUAUUGUCGGAUUGAAUGCAAGAGCGGAAUAGAACUUUGUGAGUUGGUUGCCAUGCUUUUGAAGAUGCCUCGUUAUCUUUCUGGGGGCCCUGGGCUAGGAACGUUGUCGGAUGCGGCUGGACUAGGAGCCGUGCAUUGCCCAAAAACUGUGAAAUUUGAUUGUCGGGCUAAGGUUUUUAAUGAUGAAGAACUCAUGUUUGCGAUUCAUUCAGUUUAUUGUAGCCACAAGAUCGGAAGCAAGAUGUUGGCCAUGCUUCUUUGA